UUGAUGGUCGCAGCAUCCUUUGUUUGCUAAUAUGGCAGGCAACAUUUUUCAUCCACAAAACAUAUGAAAUAAAUGCAAAAUUGAAAAAGUAUGGUUUGAAGAUAGUAUACUUGUCCAAAACAGUUUUGUAUUGAAAAUAAACAUUUUUGCAGGAAGCUUGUAAAUAGUUUUCCAUUUGAAAACUAAAAUGUUUGGAAUAUAGGCAGAAUUAUUGCUAAUGAUAAUUGAUAUCCCUAGAGUUUAAAGAAUAUAAUCCUUGACUCUAAUUUUCUGGGUUUAAUCUUAUCAUUUGAAAUUAAUUUGCAAUUAGGCUUUUGUUCAGAAAGCUAAUGAUGAAAAUCAGUGUACUUACCGGAAUCUUGUUAUUGAGAAAGAUAGUUCAAAUGAAGGUACCUAUUAUAUGCUGCUUCUUACAAACAAUGGAUUUUUUUGUAUUACAAACCUUCAGCUUGUAAAAAUUCAACAAGCGAUUGAAAAGGUAGACUUCCAUACGGCAAAAAAGUUACAAGGACAAAUCAAGUCCAGUUUUAUUUCUACUGAAAAUUGUCAUACCCUUGGUUGUCUCAAUCUUGUGGCUGGUGAUUUAGCAAGCGAAAUCCCUGUGAUAAUUGGGGGAACUGGUAAUUGUGCAUUCUCAAAAUGGGAACCAGAUUCUUCUAGGAAAGGGAUGACCGUUAAGAGUGUUAUUGAUGCAGAGAUUAUUGAAGGUGCAAAGAAGUUCCAGCUGAUAGAUAAUCUACUUUUUGUUCUUGAUACCAAUAACGUGCUGAGCUUAUGGGAUAUUUACACCCUAACUCCCAUAUGGAACUGGCCCUCCCUUCACAUAGAAGACUUUCUUCUCACCACAGAAGCAGAUUCACCUUCAUCAGUCACGUGGCAAGGGAUUACAAAUCUCAAGUUAGUAGCUCUGACAACUACUACUAAUAAGAAGAUGAGAAACCUCAUGGUCUAUUCAUUACCUAUGAUGGAAAUACUAUAUUCUUUGGAAGUAUCUGGUGUUUCUUCUCUGGUCCAAACAGGAAUUAGCUCAGAUACCAUAUACCUUCUGGAAGGAAUUUGCAAAAAUGAUCCAAAACUAUCUGAAGACUCAGUUUCUGUUUUAGUACUCAGAUGUCUUACAGAAGCUUUGCCAGAAAACAGAUUGAGUCGGUUACUUCACAAACACAGAUUUGCUGAAGCCGAGAGCUUUGCCAUUCAGUUUGGACUAGAUGUUGAGCUUGUUUACAAAGUAAAAUCAAAUGAUAUAUUGGAGAAACUAGCUUUGAGUUCUCUGAACACCAGUGAGCAGACUGAAUGGCAAAAACUUGUAGAUGAAGCUAAGGAAAAUCUGCAUAAAAUCCAGGACGAUGAAUUUGUGGUGAAUUACUGCUUGGAGGCUCAAUGGAUAACCUAUGAAACAACCCAGGAAAUGCUAAAUUAUGCCAAAACCAGGCUUUUGAAGAAAGAAGAUAAAGCUGUUCCUAUCUAUUCUGAUGGCUUAAAAGAGGUACUAAGGGCUCAUGCAAAGUUGACUACUUUUUAUGGAGCAUUUGGACCAGAAAAAUUCAGGGGUAGUUCUUGGAUUGAAUUUCUGAAUAAUGAAGAUGACCUUAAGGAUAUUUUUUUACAGCUAAGAGAAGGAAACCUUGUUUGUGCACAGUACCUUUGGCUGAGACAUCGGGCAAACUUUGAAAGCAGAUUUGAUGUGAAAAUGCUUGAGAACUUGCUCAACUCAGUUUCUACACCAGUCUCUUUGCAAAAGCUUUGUCCAUGGCUUAAAAAUGAUGUGAUCCCAUUUGUGAGAAGGACUGUACCUGAAGGACAGAAAGUUCUUGCAAAAUGGUUGGAACAAGCAGCCAGGAACCUUGAACUAACUGAUAAGGCAAACUGGCCAGAAAAUGGGCUUCAACUGGCAGAGGUAUUUUUUACAGCAGAAAAACCAGAUGAGUUAGGAUUGGCGUCCUCUUGGCAUUGGAGUUCCUUGGAUCAUCAAAACACGGAGGAAGUUUGUCAGUUAAGGACUUUGGUAAAUAACCUACGAGAGUUAAUCACACUGCAUAGGAAAUACAACUGCAAAUUGGCCCUCUCUGAUUUUGAGAAGGAGGAUACAACCACCAUUGUAUUCCGAAUGUUUGAUAAAGUACUGGCCCCCGAGCUUAUCCCUUCCGUCUUCGAGAAGUUUAUAAGAGUUUACGUGAGGGAACAUGACUUACAGGAGGAGGAACUUCUCCUUCUGUACAUAGAGGAUUUAUUGAAGAGAUGUAGCUCAAAGUUCACCUCACUCUUUGAUACAGCAUGGGAAGCAAAAGCUAUAGCAGUAAUAGGAUGUUUAUCUGACACAGAUCUCAUAUUUGAUGCUGUGCUCAAGAUAAUGUAUGCAGCAGUGGUGCCCUGGAGUGCAGCUGUGGAGCAGCUGGUGAAACAGCACUUGGAGAUGGACCAUCCCAAAGUCAAGUUAUUACAGGAAAGUUACAAACUAAUGGAGAUGAAGAAACUUUUACGAGGCUAUGGAAUAAGGGAGGUGAAUCUCUUAAGCAAGGAAAUAAUGAGGGUGGUAAGAUACAUUCUCAAACAAGAUGUCCCAUCUUCUUUAGAAGAUGCUUUAAAGGUGGCCGAAGCAUAUAUGUUGCCUAAAGACGAAAUCUACAGUCUAAGGAUUAUUGACCUGAUUGAUAGAGAAAAGGGUGAAGACUGUAUCCUUCUGUUGAGGUCUUUGCCUCCUGCUGAAGCUCAGAAAACUGCAGGAAGAGUAAUCAUAUGGGCACGGCUGGCAUUACAGGAAGAACCAGAUAAUUCUAAUGAGGACAAGGCCUGGAGACUGUCUGUAGCGAAGACAUCAGUAGACAUUCUUAAAUUACUGUGUGACAUUCAGAAAGACAAUCUGCAGAAGAAGGAUGAAUGGGAAGAAACCUUGAAACAAUUUAAAACUGUUGCUAGCUUACAGGAGAACUUCGAGGUCUUUCUUUCAUUUGAAGAUUACAGCAGUAGUUCCCUGGUAGCAGAGCUCCGGGAACAGCACAUUAAAGCUCAGCAAGUCGCACAGGCUAAACACAAACCCUGGAGGCCAGCAGAGCCUGCGGCUGCCGAGGAGGACAGGCUGAGCGCCGAGUCCAAGCUGCACCGACAGGUGCUGGCCCUGCAGGUGUCCCGGCAAGAGCUGGAGGCCAAGAUGAUUUUGAGGGCCUUGAACGACUGGAACGUGGAAGGGGCACUGAGAAAAUGCAGAGACUUGUUUAAGUAUCACUGCAACACCAACACUGGAAAAUUGCUGUUCCUGACGUGUCAGAAGCUUUGUCAGAUGUUGGCUAAUGGCUUUCCAAUGGCAAUCCCUGAGGGACUAAAUCUUCCUUCUGAGAUACAUGAUCUAGCAUGCCAGGCUGCCACCAUCUGCAGUCCAGAUUUUUUGCUAGAUGCCUUAGAACUCUGUAAAUAUACUUUAAUGGCAGUAGAGCUUUCCAGACAGUGCCAAAUGGAUGACUGCGGAAUUCUCAUGAAAACUUCCUUUGGAACUCAUAAAGAUCCAUAUGAGGAGUGGUCUUACUGUGACUUCUUCAGUGAAGAUGGGAUAGUUCUCGAGUCCCAGAUGGUGCUCCCUGUCAUCUAUGAAUUGAUUUCAUCACUUGUGCCUCUGUCUGAAAGCAAGAGAUAUCCCUUCGAUUCUACAAGUUUACCAUACUGCUCCAUCAGUGAAGGAGACAGCCUUAUGUUACCUAUUAUCAAUUCCAUCUCUGCCUUGCUUCAGAACCUUCAGGAAUCUAGCCAAUGGGAGCUGGCCCUAAAAUUUGUAGUUGGUUCAUUUGGUACCUGUCUUCAGCACUCUGUGUCAAACUUCAUGAAUGCCAGUUUGAGUGACAAGUUGUGUGGAGAGGCCACAUUAGUUAAAUCCAAGCAUGUUGUUAUGGAAUUGAAAGAGAAAGCCAUUAUGUUUAUCAGGGGAAACGCCGCAACACUUUUGUACAAAGUAUUUAAUUGUCGCCUGGUGGACCUCAACUUGGCAUUGGGGUACUGCACUCUCUUACCACAAAAAGAAGUCUUUGAAAAUAUAUGGAAGCUCAUAGAUAAAGCAUGGCAGAAUUACGACAAAAUAUUGGCAAUAUCUCUGGUGGGCUCUCAGCUGGCCAGUCUCUAUCAGGAAAUAGAAAUGGAGCUUAAGUUCUGUGAACUCAGUACUGAUUCCCGGUGGGGCAUUCGUCUUAGUAAACUUGGUAUUUCUUUCCAGCCAGUUUUUAGGCAACAUUUUCUCACCAAGAAAGACCUCAUUAAAGCUCUUGUGGAGAAUAUAGAUAUGGAUACAAGCCUCAUUCUGGAAUAUUGCAGCACAUUUCAGUUGGACUCAGAUGCAGCUCUUCAGCUGUUCAUUGAAACACUCCUCCACAACACUAAUGCCAGCCAGAGCCAGGGAGACACAAGCACGGAAUCCACAAAGGAGCAGCGUUCCAAACUCCUGGCCAAAGCCAUCGAAAUGGUUCCUUUACUGACAAGCACAAAAGAUUUGGUCAUCAGUCUUAGUGGAAUACUGCAUAAGUUGGAUCCCUAUGACUAUGAAAUGAUUGAAGUCGUCCUGAAAGUCAUAGAAAGAGCUGAUGAAAAGAUAACCAACAUUAAUAUUAAUCAGGCAUUGAGUCUUCUGAAACAUUUGAAGUCAUACAGAAGAAUUUCUCCUCCAGUGGACCUAGAAUAUCAGUAUAUGUUGGAGCACGUAAUAACUUUGCCAUCAGCUGCCCAAACUAGACUGCCUUUUCACCUAAUAUUCUUCGGCACAGCACAGAGCUUCUGGAAAAUUCUCUCUACGGAACUCAGUGAAGAAUCCUUCCCAACAUUGCUCUUAAUUUCUAAGUUAAUGAAGUUCUCUCUGGACACUCUGUACGUGUCUACGGCCAAACACGUUUUUGAAAAAAAACUGAAGCCUAAGCUCCUGCAGUUAACACAAGCUAAAUCCUCGACACUGAUUAACAAGGAGAUAACUAAGAUCACUCAAACCAUCGAAUCCUACUUGUUAUCUAUCGUUAACCCGGAGUGGGCUGUAGCCAUUGCCAUCAGUCUAGCCCAGGAUGUCCCAGAAGGUUCCUUCAAGAUGUCCAGUUUGAAAUUCUGCCUGUAUUUAGCUGACAGGUGGCUUCAGAAUAUCCCAUUUCAGGAUGAAACACGUGAAAAAGCUGAAGCUCUGUUGAAGAAGCUUCAUAUUCAGUACCGGCGAUCAGGCACGGAAGCUGUGCUCAUAGCCCACAAGCUGAACACUGCAGAGUAUUUAAGAAUGAUCGGGAAACCAGCACAUCUCAUUGUCAGUCUGUACGAACAUCCCAGCAUAAAUCAAAGAAUUCAGAAUUCAUCUGGCAAAGAUUAUCCUGAUAUUCACGCGGCUGCCAAAGAAAUAGCUGAAGUCAAUGAAAUUAAUUUGGAGAAAGUCUGGGACAUGUUGUUGGAAAAAUGGCUGUGCCCGUCUGCGAAACCUGGUGAAACACCAUCAGAAUUAUUUGAACUUCAGGAAGAUGAAGCACUACGAAGAGUCCUGUAUCUCCUUCUGUCUCGUCCGGUUGAUUAUAGUUCAAGAAUGCUGUUCAUUUUUGCAACAUCAGCUACAACUACGUUAGGUGUGCACCAGCUCACUUUCGCCCACAGAACGCGAGCCCUGCAGUGUCUGCUCUAUUUGGCUGACAAGGAAACUGUAGAAUCUCUCUUCAAAAAACCCAUUGAAGAAGUGAAAUCUUAUUUGAAAUGUAUAACUUUUCUGGCAUCAUUUGAGGCUCUAAAUAUCCCCAUCACAUAUGAAUUAUUUUGCAACAGUCCUAAAGAAGGAAUGAUUAAAGGUCUAUGGAAAAACCACAGCCACGAAUCCAUGGCCGUAAGGUUGGUGACUGAGCUUUGUUUAGAAUACAAAAUCUAUGACCUGCAGCUUUGGAAUGGACUCUUGCAAAAGCUUCUUGGCUUCAGAAUGAUUCCUUAUCUAAGGAAGGUUUUAACAGCCAUUUCUAGCAUCUAUUCUUUAUGGCAGGUUCCCUACUUCAGCAGAGCCUGGCAGCGCGUGGUUCAGAUACCGCUACUUUCAGCCUCUUGUCCUUUAAGCCCCAGUCAGCUGUCAGAUUGUUGUGAGAGUCUCAUCGCUGUCCUAGAAUGUCCAGUUUCAGAUGAUCUUGACCUGAUCAGAGUGGCCAGGCAGUAUGUCCAGUUAGAGCUUCCAGCUUUUGCAUUAGCCUGUCUAAUGCUCAUGCCCCACUCGGAAAAAAGACACCAGGAAAUAAAGAAUUUUCUGGGCUCCUGUGACCCUCAGAUCAUUUUACAGCAGUUAGAGGAACAUAUGAAUACUGGCCAGCUGGCAGGGUUUUCACAUCAAGUUAGAAGUCUGGUCCUGAAUAAUAUCAUAGAUAAGAAGGAGUUUGGGAUUUUGGCAAAGACAAAAUACUUCCCAGUGUUGAAAUCACACGUGAUGAAUACCAACAACGUCACUGAACUAGUAAACUAUUUGGCAAAUGAGUUAAGUUUAGAUGAAGCUUCCAUCUUUAUAACUGAAUAUUACAAGCACUGUGGGAAACCUGUGCCACCAGGAGCCACUCCCUGUGAAACUCUGAAGGUGUUUCUUAAUGGAUCAUAGUAGAUCAUCAAAACUUUUUUCAAGAAGAAUAAGAGGAAGUUUGGAAUCUGUUAUCAAAUGACCCUAUUUAUUACAGUUUUUAAAUUGCGCAAUCUGUGUACAGUAGCUAUUGUCAGAUGUUCCUCGAGAAGUAAUAACUAAGAUGCUUAAUAAUAGCAUAACUGUCUCAUAAAGAACUCAUGUCACAAAUUAAUAAAUAUUUUCUUUGCCAGUUACGUGUAUAACUUGUAAAGACUAUUAGUUUUUUGCACUCUAUAUGAAGGAAAGUUUUUUGCUCCCCCCAUAAGAAAAGCAACUACUUAUAUCCUGUUUCUUCCAUCUAUAUAAAUAAGAAUGUCAGUCUUUUUAACAUCAUUCUAGUAAAUAUGUAUAUAAUCUUUGCUGCAGAGCGUAUCCGUCAGUGGCCAGCCAGAAAUACAGAAACCACUCUAGCUAGUUGAAGCAGAGAAGGACUGAGUGUCAGGAAUUGGUUACAAAGCUGUCAAGAGGACUGAAAGGCAAAAGGGAGAUGAAGAGGGGGCGCUGGAGAAACUAAAGGGAAGGGGCUGUUUGCCUAACAUCAGAAGCUGCUUUGAGACUUCCCUGGUGGUCCAGUGGUAAAGAAUCCGUCUUCCAAUGCAGGGGACGCAGGUUCAAUCCCUGGUCAGGGGACUAAGAUCCCACAUGCCGCAGGGCAACUAAGGCUGUGUGCCGCAACUACAGAGCCUGAGUGCCACAACUACAGAGCCCAUGUGCUCUGGAGCCUGUGUGCCAAAACUAGAGAAGAGAAAACCCGAACGCCACAAUUAGAAGCCCGCGAGCUGCAGCAAAGAGCCAGCGCACCGCAACGAAAAGUUCCUGCACGCUUCAACGAAGAUCCUGUGUGCCGCAACUAAGACCCGACACGGCCAAAAAUAAAAAUUAAAUUAAAUAAACAAUUAAUUAAUUAAAAAAAGAGAAAAGGAAGCUGCUUUGCCUCGGAGCUCGGGCGCUGCUGUUCCGGAGGCUGAGCCUCCUCCCGCUGGCACUGCUGCCCACGCAGUGCUUGGUCACCCUUGGCUGUAGUGCUGCCGCCUCCAGAAGGGAAAAGAGGCAGGGUUUUGCUUUCUCCAGCCUCCUGGUUGUCGUGCCAGUGCCAAGAAAUAGCAGGAAUGAACAGAAGCCAUCUGGCAAGGGGUCUGGGAGACGCAGUCUGCAGGCUGUAAGCCCCCGGCAGGACAGGGCAGGAUGGAAGCUGGCCUGCAAGGGCGGCAUGGAGUUGAGAGCCUGCAGCCGGGACCCAGCACACAGAAACGUCACUCACACCUCUAUCCUGCCUGUGUAGUCUUUUGCUCUACUUGUGAAUAAACUGAAUUUGAUAAUGCUAGAAUUUGUUUGCCUUUGCCUGUUGAGAAAAAUAUUAUUUCUGUACAGGAAACAACGUGAUAUGACUAAAAACAUGGGUUUUGGAUAAAAAACAAGUCUGGGUUUGACCUCUGGCUCUAUCACCUACUAGCUGUGUGAUCCUGGACAAGUUAUAUAACGUCUCAAAGCCUUGAUCCCCUCGUUUGUAAACCUGCUACUUGCAGUAGGUUUAGAUGGUCAUCCACUUGCUCUCUUCUGGAAAUUUACAUCAAUAUUUUCCACAAACCUUUUUCCUUAUUUGGAGUUAUUUCCUUAAGAUACAUUCCCAGGAACAGAUUCACCAGAUCAAAGGGAAUAAAGGAUUUUUUUUUUUUUUGACCAUGCCGAGUGGCUUGCGGGCUCUUAGUUCCUUAACCUGUGAUUGAACCUGUGCCCCUUGCAGUGGAAGCUCAGAGCCCUAACCACUGGACUGCCAGGGAACUCUGAGAAGGACAUUUUAAAGACUGGAUGCAAAUUGCCAAAACUGCAUGCAUUUCAAAAGGUCUUCUUCACAAAAGCCUAUUCCUACCAGAAACAUGAAUGUCUGCUUUACUGUAUCCUCCCCAACGUUGGGUGAUCAUACUCUUUUUUUUUUUUUUCCAUUUAUUUACUUUUGGCUGCGUUGGGUCUUCGUUGCUGCGCGCAGGCUUUCUCUAGUUGCAGCGAGCAGGGGCUACUCUUCGUUGCAGUGCAUGGGCUUCUCACUGUGGUGAUUUGUUGCAGAGCACAGGCUCUAGGCGCAUGGGCUUCAGCAGUUGUGGCACAUGGGCUUAGUUGCUCUGCAGCAUGUGGGGUCUUCCUGGACCAGGGAUCGAACCCGUGUCCCCUGCAUUGGCAGGUGGAUCCUUCUUAACCACUGCAUCACCAGGGAAGUCCUGGCAAUCAUACUUUUUUAAACUUUUUGCUAAUUUGAUAGGUGAAAAUAGUGUCUCAGUAUUUACAUUUGUAUUUCUUUAAUAUCUAUGUGAUUGAACCUUAAGAAAACUGUAAUUAUAAGCCUGAGAUCACGAGUAGAGCCUGUGAUGGUAUUCUUGGGCAUAAAUGUGCAAGGAAUGAAAGGGUCAAGUGGUGGCACUAGAACGUAACAAAUGGAAAUGAACGUUCCGGCUUCAUGGACUCAAGCUGCGCUAAAAAAGGAGUUGUUUCCCAGUCUUAACUGGUUUCAUUGUUCAGAAUAAAGCUCUGGAUGUUAACUAGA